AUUUUGCACUUUGUACUCAUAUAAUUCACGCACCAAAGCUCAUGCAAAGAGGAAAUCAAUGAAGUUACGAUGUCAGAAGACAUACAGCAUAUCACACCACCAAAGGCCUCGGAUGCUAAUUCGGAAUUCUAUCCCGUCAAACGAGCACCUAACGGAGUAGGACAAUACGUUGAAAUAUCUACGGAAACUGAAAAGUGUGAUUAUUGGAUGUACCUACUAGGUACCGCAUUAGCUGAGAAACGAAAGAUAAACCAUCAAGGAAAAUGCAGACUUCAAGCGUUACCACCAAGAUACAAAAUGUUUGAUCAUCAAAGACACAACAAGAGUGAUAUAUAUAUUUACGGCCAUCCCUCAAAAGAGAGGUUUCGAUCCGCUCUUCAAUUUCGUCGGCAUCUACUUUGGCUGGAUCAAAAGUCGACAAAACCACCAUGUGGCUGCAAGCUUUGCGCGCUUUUACCAGAAGCUAGCGAAAAGAAGGUGAUAGAUGUACCGGAGAUGAGGCGAGAGAAGAUGUCAGGACCAGAGAAGCGACAAAAGGUUGAGCUGAGGAUGGCGCAGAGACUGCAGCAAAAAGUGAGAAAAGCUGAAAAGAAAAAUAAGCUGCUGUCACCUACACCAUGGACAACAUCACAAACAAGAAGGUCAGCAACUUCAAUGUCUUCACCAGGAAGCAAUGAAGGUACAAUGGAGAGGACGCCUUCACAAGAGCAUGUCGUUAUCGAGAUGCAUACACCACAUAAACUUGGCUUAUCCAAUCCAAUACCGUUGAAAUCUAGGAAUAAAAAGGCUGACAGCCAUCAAGGGGGCUAGAGUAUUCUCUGCUCAUUAAAUUUGGGUCUUCAACAUAAGCCAAUCUAUUAACACUGGAUGAAAUAGCAGAUAGCUUUGCCUCAUCAGUAGCGGCUAUACGUGGAAUCGAACCCAUACACAAGGUAGUUGAUUUUUACUGUGAUCACCCAAAGCAACGCAAAAGAUGAAGUUGCUAUGGUUACAUUUUGGCCCCGCUU